CAGUUUGUACUCUAUUAUUCCCUCACAUAUGCACCCAACAUAUCGAGGACAACAUCACUAGCAAACAAUUAUCUCAAUCACUCUCAUCUAGUUAGGAGGUCGAUAAGACUGUGGGACCCUUUACCAGACCCUGUACAGAGCGGCAUCGGACUAUUAGCAGAGAAUUACUCAAAUCCAUAUAAGCAGACCAUCAAGUCAUUCCCCGUCAAGUGAAACCCUCACCUACUCUUAACAAAAUCUUGUGCAAGUGUUCUCAAACACCCAUUAUUUAUAUAUGUUAACCAACCAAUAUAUAAGCUUACUAUAGUAAGUGAAAGUGUCUCAGAACAUCUAGCAGAUAAAAUAGUUGCAAACUUCUAAAAUGUCUACUCCUCACCAACCAUUGCUAACAAAAACACACAAACAAAAUCUCAUAAUCAGCUGCAAGAUUCUCACUUUUGCCAUAACCUUCUUUGUUGCUCUCUUCCUAGUUGUGUUUCUUGUUACUCCAUAUCAAUUUGAUAUUAAGCACUCUAAUUCCAAUCAUAAUUUAUGUAGAGCUGCACAAGAUUCCCAACUCUGUCUCAGUUAUGUCUCUAACUUAAUGUCCAGUGGACUUGUCACAUCAGAUGGACUUAGUGUCCUACAGAAAUUUCUAGUGAAGUAUGUGCAUCAAAUGAACAAUGCAAUUCCAGUGGUUCACAAGAUCAAUGACAUUAGUCAACAAGGAGCUUUAACUGAUUGUCUUGAGCUUCUUGACUUGUCAGUUGAUUUAGUAACUGAUUCCAUUGCUGCACUUGGUAAUAGAAGAAGUAGCGAUACUGCCAACGCGCAUAUCUGGCUAAGUGGCGUGCUCACUAACCACGUUACGUGCUUAGAUGAGCUUGAUUCUGUUACUAAAACUACUGAGAAUGGAAUGAUUCUUGACGAGUUGCUCUCGAGAGCUAAGGCAGCAUUGGCGAUGCUCGCGUCUGUAACGGCUAAGAAUGAGGAAGUUUUUACGCCGCUUUUAGGGAGAAUGCCGUCUUGGAUUAGUUUGCGAGACAGGAAGCUUAUGGAAAGUUCGGGUAAUGCCAUUAAAGCGAAUGCAGUGGUGGCACAGGAUGGUACUGGGGAUUAUCAAACACUUGCCGAAGCAGUCGCUGCAGCACCAGAUAAGAGCAAGAAGCGUUAUGUGAUCUAUGUCAAGAAGGGAGUUUAUAAAGAGAAUGUUGAGGUUACUAAGAAGAAAAUGAACUUGAUGAUUGUUGGUGAUGGCAUGGAUUCUACCAUCAUCACUGGUAGCCUCAAUGUUGUGGAUGGAUCAACCACAUUCCGCUCCGCCACUCUUGCUGCAGUUGGCCAAGGAUUUAUACUACAGGACAUAUGUAUACAGAACACAGCAGGACCAGAAAAACACCAAGCUGUGGCACUUCGAGUUGGAGCUGAUAUGUCUGUCAUAAAUCGUUGUCGUAUUGAUGCUUAUCAAGAUACCCUUUACGCUCAUUCUCUAAGGCAGUUCUAUCGAGACUCCUAUGUGACUGGUACUGUCGAUUUCAUAUUUGGUAAUGCUGCUGUUGUAUUCCAGAAAUGCAAGCUCGUAGCUAGAAAACCAGAUAAAAAUCAGAAAAACAUGGUGACUGCACAGGGCAGGACGGACCCAAAUCAGGCCACGGGGACUUCAAUUCAAUUCUGUGACAUAAUAGCAAGUCCGGACCUUGAACCAGUUGAGAACGAAUUCAAAACGUAUCUUGGUAGGCCAUGGAAAGAAUAUUCAAGAACUGUAGUGAUGCAAUCGUACCUAGGUAGUCUCAUUGAUCCAGCGGGUUGGGCUGAAUGGAACGGAGAUUUUGCCUUGAAGACAUUGUAUUACGGUGAGUACAUGAACAAUGGACCAGGUGCUGGCACUAGUAAGCGUGUCAAGUGGCCCGGCUAUCAUGUCCUUACUAAUCCUGCUGAGGCUAUGCCGUUCACUGUGGGUGAGCUGAUUCAGGGCGGAUCGUGGUUGAGUUCUACUGGCGUGGCGUACGUGGAAGGAUUAAAUGAGUAGGGAACUAUAAAAUUGCACUUCAUAAUGUUGCAAGACAUCUCUUUAACUAUGUAUUUUGUAUUCCAAUAUUCCUAGAAAGCUCAAAAUAAGUACUAGUAAAAUAAACAAGGGGCUGCACUAAGCAUCCCGUGUUCAUGCAGGAUUCGAGGAAGGGCCUCUUCCCUAAGGGGUGUAAUGUAGAUAGCUUACCGUGAUGCAAACUUUAAUGAUUGCUUCCACGGUUUCAACUCGGAUCCUAUUAAGUAGUAGUAAUAUAAUGUGCCAUAAACUAUAUUGGAUGGUUAUUUGGUUGUGUUA